UAGAGUUACCUGAAUGUUGCUAUUAAGUGUGGUUGAGAAUGCGCUCAAAGUUUUUGGACGUAACUAGUGGAUAGUUGUAUCUCAUGUUAACAAAGCAAAUCUUAAAAAAAUAUGCACGGUGGAAAUCAAUAACUUAUACCAUUUACAGAAUUUGUAACAGUAUAUGUGGAAAUACUACAAAAUUGAGCUCUACAGCAUUUAACUGAAUCGAGGAACCUGCCAGGGUUGCUCGAUUAUCAAAAGUAGUUAUUUACGUCGGCAGUUGCUUUACCGUAAUUCAUGCUUCCGUGAUGUUUGAAUUUUAGUAUAGAGUAGAAGAGGACAUUUAGACUGCAAUCGAGUAGAUUAAAAUUGGCCUAAACGUUGUUUUCUGGAUAUGUUCUCGGUGAAGUUAACUUGAAAGUGAGUGCUGUUGCUGAGUAAUUUUUAGUGCAAAGGACCAAGCCUACUGUUUUGUUUGUACAAUUAUUGAGUAGAAAACUGUGUGAAAAGAGCUGUAUAAAAUCAAAGUAAAAAUAGUCAUACAGCUAAGCAUGGCUGUAGAGAACAAAAAUAAAUGUUACUGCUGUAAGAGGUUGUCUGUUGGGGAGGAGGGACAUGCUGCGCUACAAAGCUCUACCCAUUUGUUGAAUGUUUCCUUCUGGAAUAAGUUGCAACCUCCCAUUCCCCAGUUGUCUGGGUUUCCCCACGGAGACAGAGGAGCUCAUUCCGAAGAUGGCAAGGGAACCAGUCAUACUCAACGUCUAUGAUAUGUAUUGGAUUAAUGAGUAUACUACAUCACUUGGACUAGGAGUCUUCCAUUCUGGGGUAGAAAUCUAUGGCACGGAAUAUGCCUAUGGUGGACACCCAUUUCCAUUUUCUGGUAUAUUUGAAAUAAAUCCCAGAGAUGCAGAAGAACUUGGGGAACAGUUUCAGUUCAGGCAGUCAGUUCAUGUGGGACACACGGAUUUUACUGAAAAUGAUGUUAAGAGAAUAGUUGCAGAACUUGGGAAAGAUUUUCGGGGUGAUCGUUAUCACCUCAUGAAUAAAAAUUGUAACCACUUCUCAGGCUCCUUUACACAAAUACUGUGUGGCCAAGAGAUACCAUCCUGGGUUAAUCGGCUAGCGUACUUCAGCUCGUGUGUUCCGUUCCUCCAGCGCUGCCUGCCCAGAGAAUGGUUAACACCAAUGGCCCUACAACACUCCCUCAAUUCACAUCAAGAGAGUUCCCCAGAUACGUCAUUGUAACAUCAGGCUCCAGCCACUAGGCUCUAAUAUCCCUCAGUUCUUUUAUCAUGGAUAUAUGAUUGGAAGAUAAAACUGUUGCAAAACUUUGUUUUUUGAUUUGUUCUGUUAAUUCCCCGACAAUAUCAUCAUAGGAUGUAUUGGUCAAAUAUGGAACAUGCUCUUCAGGCAGGAUUAUUGAACUGGGACUGCAAAGUAUCGUAGGAACGGCUUUUGGUACUGACCUGUUAGCAUGCUCGUAUUAAAAUAUGUUGUGGGGGCCUGAUUGUUUAUUUUAUAUACUGCAGUUUUACAAAGUGGUAAAUGCACUGAAGUAUUUCCUAUAAAAACAGUAUUGUUAUACGGUGCAACGGUGCGUAACUUUUGAUUUUGGUCAUUAGUUUAUGAACGCUACUGCUUUCACAUUACUUUGACAGUUUCUAUCUUGGAUGUACUCAUUAAAAUAAAAAAAUUUAAUUAGGUGCAGUUUGGCCAAACUCUGUAGCAGGGCCACUUUAGUCUUGCCAUUUGUAGUUGAAAACUUUCAUUCCUAGUAGAGUGCCAUUGGAAAACUUUCUGCAUGUGCGUAUCCUAGUAAAUUCAUAGUUAAUGUUAAUACCCAACACAGGGUAGAAACAGUUUAAAUAUCAGAUCAUCUCAUUUUAUAUUUCUGAACUAUUUAAAGGUUUUAAAUUUACCAAGAAAAGCUACUUCAGAAUACGCGAUAAUCCUGACCCAUUACCACUGUAAUAAUGGAUUUCUUUAACUGCACAAAACAACAGGAUUACCCUGGUUGUUCAUCAUUUUGGUGUUUGCAAGUGACAUAAGAGCAGUGUUUAAUGUGAUUUUCAGUGCACAAAUUGAAGUAAUGCAACCAUUUUUAUAACAGGUAUUGUGAAUUCUUUUAAUCAGCCAGUCUGUUAUGUGUACUUUUUUAAACAAUAUUUGUUAUGAAGAACCCUCUCAUUUUGUGUGAAGAAGUGAAAGAUGAUGAAGAAUUUGUAGUGAGAAUAUUUGUGUAAAAAUUGUAUUUAUAGGUAGAACAAAUGGUGAUGUCUUGUUUCCUGUGCAACUGUUAGGAGGUUGCCCAAAGAGAAUUUAAAACUGUUUACCAAGUCAAAGAAAUUAAUAUUUUUCUGAGAGAUGUCCAUAGCCUGUUUUGUGCUAGCAGUAUGGAUUACAAAUAUUUGUAAAAAGUAAUUGGUAUAUAUGCCAUUCAAAUAUGGGAUGUAUCAUUGUUAAAACAUUUCAGAGAUAAAUAUGCAUUUAAUAUACAUUACAGACAGGAUGGAAAAGACAUAAGUGGCUUAAAACCACAAGAUUACUGGAAAGAAUGGCUGCAGAAUACGAUCUAAUCGUCAUCACUAUUCAAGAUUUUUGAACUCAGAUGCAGCAACUGGUGUAGUCAGAAUUUAUAAUUUAAGUGUUGUGGAGUAGAUUUUGGAUAUUUGGUCCUGGAAAUGGCCAUCUUGUUUCUUAUCCAAUAGCAGAUGAAGGUGCAGAAAGUUUUUGUGGUGUUCAGUUGUAGGUGCUACUCUUUCAGUAGUCUUGUUGGUUUAGACUUCCUUCAAAGGGGAUAUAUUCCCUGACUUUCACAAUGUGCUUUUGGUGCGGAUCAUAGCAUUUAAAGCUAGUUGUAUCAAAGCUAUUUAUUUGAAGUUGAACUUAAUUAACAGUACUAGUCAUAUUGUUUGCCUUCAUGGUAGGUUACCAUACUCGAGGACUGUAUUUUGUGUAUGUAUAGUGGUAAUAGUAAUUAAUUGAUGGUUAUGAAUAAUAACCAGUGAUUGUGUAUAAUUUUCAAAUGGAGAUUUUGUAUAAUUACCAGUUAUUAUUCAUAAUAACCACAUUUUUCACUUUUGCCAUAACAUACAGAAUGAUUCACAACUUGAUGUCUUCUGGAGCUUAUUCCUGAGGUCAUUCUCAUUCGGAAAUGUCAUAUAAACAUGUGGCAAUCAGCAGUUAUGGAUCUGUCAUUACGUAAAUGUUAAAAGAUUUAAGAAUAAUUUAACGCGUAUUCCGUCUGUUUUUCUAUCCAAAUAUUCCCACCUUUCAGGGCUGAGGAGGUCAUUUUCCUUCCUUAUUCCCCAUUCUUUGACUCCCUUGCCCAGUAGGUCCUUAAAAUGUUCCCUUGCAUUUAAUGGAUCCACUCCAUCACCGCGUAUCCUUUUUCUUUGGAAACCUUUUAAUAUUACCUACAUUCCUGGCUUUCCAUUCUUUUUUUUUUCCUUACUCAUAAUUUCCCUGAAGAUUGCUGUCUUCUGGGUUAUUGCACCAUGUAGUCUGGUAGAUUUCCACCAACGUUUCAGAGGUCAUACUGCCUACGUCAUCAGGGCAAUGAAUCACCCUGAUGACAGAGGCAGUAUGCCUUCUCAGCGCCUGUCCCACGCUCUCUGUUGCAAUGUACCGGUGAAUACCAUGCCACUGCUAGGCGCACUGCUGUCAGAUGUGUGCGCGAUACAUUCGAAUUUUGAGCAAUUUUUUCACAACCUUGCACAGUGUAUCAGCAGCUGAAAUAUUGUGUACAAUCAUUACUAGAUGGGCUCUGUAGACGGGCAAAAUUUCAGGUGAGGUUUCAACGUGACCGACCGUACCAUUCCCUUGUCAGUUUUGAUUUUCUAACAAUGAGGUAAUGAUAAAAUGUGUGGCAGAAGUGGACCUGUGUUUAUAUGACAAUUCUGACUGGAAAUGACAAGAAGAAUAAGUUCCUGUAGUUAUGACAUUAAUUUGUUAAUUAUCCUGUUUUAAUUUCUGACAGUUGAAUAAUGCACAGUAUCUAGGAAGGUGGGCAUUUGUUACAUACAAGAAUAUUUAUAUCACAGAACUGUUAAGUCUCCCAUUCUUCACUUUUCUUUCUUGCCUUCCUUUUUUUGUAGUGAGCACAUCCACUUUUAGUGUCACUGAACAACAGAUCUCUGCCUGCCAGACUAGAUAAAGGAAUCCAUGUCUGAGAUGAGAGUACCAUGAGGCAGACUCUGCUCUGCACAUUGAUUGUAUUAUGGUGAGGAUGAUGGCUGUCAGAUGAAACCUACAGUUUUGAGGACUCCAAACCAUCAUGAGGGUUUAUUAUUCCCCAUAUUAAUUAUUUUUGACUGUUUUAGAGGUCAGGUUUGAGACUGGCAGGUGGUAAAGUCUGCACUGGUCAGCUAGAUCUUGAACCUGAAACCAUUUAUACCGUUCUUACUCGUAGACCACUAGGUCCUUCCCUUUUUCCCCCCCCCCCCCCCCCUAUUUCUUAUUACUAAUUGUAUGCUUUUUCCACUGUGAUAAACAUUUCCGGACGUAAGUUACCUUCACAGAAAACUUUGACUAUGGGUGUUCAAAUCACUAUCAGCAGAGGGACUUUGACAAAUUCAAAAGAGUGAUGUCAGUUUCUCAAAGUUUGUAAUCCACUCAUUUUAGUUCUUUCAGCAUGUGAGAAGAUUUUUCUGUAGUUCUGGUAACAAAUAAGAAGUAACUCUUGAGUUUUGUAUAGGGUGUUUUUUCUAGCUGCAUUAUAAGACAGUUUUUUAUUUUGGUACCAGUAUGGUCUGAAUAAGAAUAUCUACAUAGAGGAAUAAUAUGGGACACUGGUUGCAGCCAUAGAACAUGCAGGUGUAAUUUAUUAAUUGUAGGAUAAUUCAUUGCUGGUUGGCUGCUUUGAUGUAAUGCACAUCACUCACGUUUUAUUCAAUUGUCAGAUCUGAAUUGUAAUUGAAUAAAUUGAGAGGUAGCUCCAUUGAAGAAUUCCACUACAGAGAUAAGGACCAACGAAAAGCUAGUGAAUUGUUGCUUUCCCUUACAGUAUAGCAUGUGGAAGAAGGAAUUUUAAAUCACUGUGACUGUGUUGACAAGGUUGGGCAGCCCUUAUGUGUGUGCUCUGUGGUUCCUUAUCUUGGUAAGUGAUUUAUUUUCAUACUAUCAACUUGUUGGUGUAUAUGGUUUAAAUUCAUUAUUUGGGAGCAGCUGAAAUUGAAGUCCUAUAAGUAAAGAAAUAAAUGUUUUUUAUUUACCAAUAA